AUGAAAUUGGUUGAUAUUUUAUUCGUAUUGACUGCGGCAGCAACCGUUAAUGCAAUAUUGAUCCCGACUGGUAACGAUGGCUCACCCCAAGCAUCAGGCACUUCGAGUCAAGUGUCUGGCCCAACUGAUGAACUCGAGUCAGGCAUUUCCAAUGAAUAUCAGGAAGAACCAGUGGAUUUGAGUAUUCCCGGCCGAAUCCGGCAACAUCCAAUGUAUCAAUCCAGUUCAAAUAUUCCCAACCAAGACCAGCAACAAUCAAUGGACGAAGACGAAUCCAAUAAUGCUGUUACAAAUCAAGUGGCUGUAUUAAGCGAAAAAUAUCAGAGAACCUUUGAUCGCAUGAAGAAAAUACUUGCAGCGUAUAAAAAGAUAGCAAAAAAAACACACAAAGACUAUAAUAAUUAUGAAUUCCUUGGAUCGGAACACCAGCUAGCGUUAGCAAGAGGGGAAGAUAUAUCUGAAUCAAAGUACAAUCCAGACACUGAAAUUCGGUUGAGACAAGAGUAUAGAAAGGCAGGGAAAAGAAUGAACGAUGCGAAACUAAGACUGAAAAGGUUUAUGAUAAAGCAUGGUUUGGAUUUUGAAGAACCGAGUUCAGAUUCGGAUUGA